AGGCCCAAGCCGGCGCCGCGGCGGCGGCGGCGGGCCUGGCCUCGCUGACGACCGAAGGCCCUUCGGGGGUGAUUGCAGAGGUGCUCAGGGCGUCAGAUGCGGCAGGACUGGAUUUGGAGAUGCAGACGCGGAUGGCCGCGGUUCUGGAAACCCAAAGCUCACAGCAACAGGCUGCGCUGCUGAUGCUGCUGAAGGCAGCAGUGCUCAGCACCACCACGGACAGUGCCACCUACUCCAAGCCCACGUAUCACAAUGCCACGGGGGCGGCGAAGCUGGUGGGGGAAGAGGUGGCACAGGCGGUGGCCAGCCUGGAUGUGGAUCCUCAGACGAAGCUUCAGGUGAUCUCUGCCGCUGCCGCGGCAGCGCAAGAGGCGGAAGGGCACAGCUCCACCACGACCAGUUUCGACGGUGUGAAGUUGGUGGUGGAUGCUGCGCAAGACGCCGGUAUCAAGGACAUUGGGAAACUGAGAAAGGUGCAAGAAGAAGCACGCGUCAUGACGCCAGAUCAGCAGAAGGCCGCCGCACGAUCGCUGGAGGCAGCAGGGGCUGGCCGCCCUUUCGCCGAUGUGACUACGACCACUCGCGGCCCUGCCACGGCGGCGGACACGGUGGAGAAAGUGUCGGAGGUGGUGAAAGCAGCCGCAGCGAUUCGAGGAGGGUAG